AUGCAGUUUGAAGAGCGGUUGCAACAGCUAGUAGAAAGCGAUUGGAGCCUGGAUCAGUCAAGCCCAAACGUACUGGUGAUAGUCCUUGGAGACACUGCCAGGAAGUACGUAGAGUUAGGAGGACUGAAGGAGCACGUGACUACGAACACUGUGGCAGGUCACGUGGCAAGCCGGGAGCGGGUAUCCGUAGUUUUUUUGGGCCGGGUAAAGUACUUAUACAUGUACCUCACCCGGAUGCAAGCGCAGGCGAAUGGUCCGCAAUACUCUAAUGUACUCGUCUAUGGAUUGUGGGAUCUCACCGCGACACAAGAUGGACCGCAACAGCUGCGGCUACUUAGCCUUGUGUUACGGCAGUGCCUCAGUCUGCCAUCUAAAGUUGAAUUCUAUCCAGAACCGCCUUCUAGUAGCGUGCCUGCCCGGCUAUUGCGAUUCUGGGACCAUAUUAUCAGAUAG